AUGCGGCGACAGGGCCUGGUCUUCGUGGACGGCGACGAUCAACGCUAUAACAAAGGCAGGCGCGAGGAGGUUGCCUUCGCCGAUGGAUAUCGUGCCCGACACGAUUGGGGACUUGAUCGCGAUUAUGGUCGAUGGGAGGGGCCGUUUCGCGUUGGCAUCUCCGAAUUCGACGGAGAGCAAGUUGAGGGGCUAUUGUACGAUGGUCCGCCUGUGUUUGAUGAAGAACCCGAGGAGGUGGAGGAGCGUCUUCUUGGCGAAGUGGACGGUCUCUACGACGGUCCGCCGCUCUUUGAUAAGGAGCCUUCAGGGCUGAAGUAUGAAGCUGGAACUGCUGCUAUCAAAACCGUUGAAGAAGACACGCAGUUAUAUAUGUUGCAUCAGUUUCAUGAAGGGAAGUGUGAGGUUGCCAUUGUUGACGAUGGUGCACUUUCCAAGUCGAUUCUCGGAAACAAAAAAUGUUAUUUAUUGGAUUGUGGUUCCGAAGUAUUUGGUUGGGUUGGCCGGGUAACUCAAGUGGAGAAGAGGAAAAGUGUCAUUCGCGCAACCGAGGAUUUUGUGGCUCGCCAAGGUAUCACAGUGCCGUUCAACCUUCCUGUUCGACCGGGGAAAACGACGGGGGUUUCCUACUAUGGUUCGACACCACACGCCGGCCACGGGUGCGGAUCGGCUUCGAAGGCGAAGCCUUCCGAACCGGGGGAGAAUGCUGCAAAUUUGAAGAAAGAUGCGAUUUUUAUUGCAGAGGCUUCUUGUUGGGUGGCUUGA